AAGAGGGUGGGAGGCAGGGGGGCGCCCAACAUGUGUGCCACCCGAAAUUGGGGUGUUUCCUAGGAAGACAAGAUGAGGGAGAGGAGAGUGUUGGGGGCCCCAGUGGCAAUGACAGGUGGCCCUUGGUAGGGCUGCUGUCCAGUCAGGCUGAGGGAGGGUAGGGCCUGGGCCUUGUGUCAUGGGGUUGAGCCCUCCUCACCCCCGGAAGCAGCCUCAGGGGUGGAGCGGGAGGGAGGGCUGAUGAGACCCUCCCCUGCUCUGCCUCCAGCCCCCUGUUUGAGGGAGUUCAGAAGCCCAGGGUCGCUGCAGCAUCCCCACCGGCCUCGCCAUGAACUUGGAGCCGCCAAAGGCUGAAGUUCGGUCAGCCACCAGGGUGACUGGGGGGCCUGUUACCCCCAGGAAAGGGCCCCCCAAAUUUAAGCAGCGGCAAACCAGGCAGUUCAAGAGCAAGCCCCCCAAGAAAGGCGUUCAAGGGUUUGGGGACGACAUCCCUGGCAUGGAAGGCCUGGGAACAGACAUCACGGUCAUCUGCCCAUGGGAGGCCUUCAACCACCUGGAGCUGCACGAGCUGGCCCAGUAUGGCAUCAUCUAGUGCCUGCCCCGGCCCACGGCCCUGCCCUGCUGCCUGGUCUGUUGCCCAUCAGGAAUCCCGCAGAGGACAGCACCUCACCAUCCAGGUGAUCGGGGGCCUAGAUCAUGCUCAGAGACCAGAGCAAGGCUUCAACCUCCGGUACCCGGACUCAUUUUACCAGGGCCCCAUACUCCUGCAGCACACCUGCUCACCUUACCAGGCCCUGCUUACUGCUGGAAGCACUGGCCCACCCCUCGGCCUGCCCUUGAGGAUGGAGGUCUCCCACAGGCCAUGCUCAGGAGAGGGUGGUAGACCCCAGACCCACCCCCUCCUGUGGCUGGACAGUGGGGGCAGCCUUCUGGGCACUCCCUACCCAGCUCUUCGUAGCUGGGGGCCUGGGUCCACCUGGUCAGAUGAGGGGGUGGCAGGGGCCUGGAGCAUCAGAGAGAGCCAGGACGCUCCAUCGCCCAUCAUCCCAGCGUGGUCCCCAGGGCUGUGUCUGUUUCGAAAUAAAAUUAGCUGCCGCCCACCCUAGUCUGAGGUGUGUCAUGAGUGGAACAGAAUGACAGGAGGACCCUGGGCAGGGACCUUCCACAGAGCCACGCAUGUGGACAAGGUGCAGGGGGCAGGCACUGAGGCAGCAGGGACUGGCCAGGUGAGGAGGAAGGAAGCCCCUCGGCUCACAAGCCCUCCCCGAGCCUUAGCCAUGACGACUUGGCACCACACAGCCAGGCCAUGUGCAUGUUCGAGGUUGGCAGACCUACUGACUCCCUGAGGGUUAGCCCUGCGGCCACCAUCAGUGCUAGCAAGAAGAGGGAGCAUGUGGGGGACCAGAGAAGGCCACAGUGAAGGUGGGGCUGCCUUGGGCCUGAGACGAUGGGCAGGCAGGAGCAGCAGAGAAGCAUGUUGGCCGUGACUGGGGUCUGUGACUGGGGUCUGUGCCUGGUGACCACUGUAACAAAACACCACCAAGUGGGCAACUGGAAAGAACAGAAGUGCGUUGUCACAGUUCUGGGGGCUAGGAAUCUGAAUUCAGGGUGUCGCUGUCCAGGAGGAUCCUUGCCUACCUCAGUCUGGCUUCUGGUGGAUCCUGGCAAUCCUUGGCCUGUGACUGCAUCACUGUGUCCUCCCUCACAUGGCAUCUUCCCUCUGCAUCUGUGUGUCUCCUCCUUAUGAGGACAUCAGUCUCUGGACCAGGGCCCACCUCGUCCAGCGUGGCCUCCUCACCAGGGCCCACCUCGUCUGGCGUGGCCUCCUCACAGGGGCCUGCCUCGUCUAGUGUGGUCUUCUCUUACCUGAUGGCAUCUGCAGAGAUCCUAUUUCCAAACAAGUUCACAUUCGUGGGUACAGGCAAGAGGUGGUUAGGGCUUCAACGUAUCUUUUUGGGGGACACAAUUAAAACCAUAAAACCACCCGCAUGCUCAUCAACAUGAACUGGUUCUGUCCACUCCGGUCUAUUCACAGGCAGCAACUAAACGAGACCCCCGAGAGGACCCUCUGUGUGGUUGUGGGCCAUGCAGAUGGAAGGCAACGGGGCCAGAGCAGCAGUUCCCCUGGGGGGAUUCACAGGGACGGGAUGAGGGGGUCUGGGGGCUGGAGCUUGGUUAGCUGAUGGCACCACAGGUGCUUACAAGGUGAGCA